GGACCUUUGCCAUCGGGGCUCAUACUUGCUGGCAGCAAACGCAGGCGUGUGCGGCUUGGCAGCCAACACCCUGUUCAGGCGCGUGCUGCACGUGCGGCAGGCGGCCGUGGUGUCUGCGCUGCCCAUGGCCGUCAUCCCCUUCCUCUCCACCGCGGCCGUCUACGAAGUCUUCGUGCGCGAGCCUUUGUUUUCAGGUGAGCUAAGCUGCGAGGUCUGUGCUGUGGUCAGAGGAGGACUAACAGGGGCUGUUGUGGGUGGCUUCUAUCCUGUUCUCCUGGCUCUCCCCCUGAGUGCAACCCUUGCUGCCAGGUAUUCCUCAUCUCCCUUGCCAGGGAAAGAAAAUCUGUUGCGCUUCUGGCUCACAGUAUCUCAGCCUGUCUUUAGAAAGAUGAGUUUCGGUGUCAUUAUGCAGGCUCUAACUGGAUUAUAUCUUGCAACUAAACAUCAUGGAAUUUAUGUCAAAAUUCUGGAGCAGAUGAACACCAGCAGGGAUCCUGAAGAGUUACAAGAAUGA